AACGUUGUACAUGAAUGUUGAUUGGAAAAUUUUCAUACUUCAGAUUAGAUAUAAAACAUGUAAAUAUAUAGAGCUUCAACAAGUGAUUCAAACAGUAUCGUUUUGUACGUUGUGCUGUUCGUACACAGGAGACAAAUUCUAACAAAGUGUUUAAAUUGAACAAAUUAGAAAAAUGUUUUGGCUUGUGCUCUUAAUCGCCAUUGUGGCUUUAAUUGUCUAUAAAAUGUCUCAGAAAGAGAAGGAAAAGAGAGCCUUCUUUGAAUCGAAAGGUAUCAAAGUCAACAAUCCUAAAUUUUUCCUCAUCACAAUGUUUAAACUUUUAACCGGACAAAUUGGAAUUGUUGAAAUGAUUCAACAAAUUUACUAUGAGGUUCAAGGUGAUCCAAAAGUUGUUGGCUUCUGGGACGGAAAUACGCCUAUUAUCAUGCUCAAGGAUCCUGAAGUGGUUAAACAUUUUGCUGUAAAGGAAUUUGAACAUUUCCAAGAUCGUAGGGAUUUUAUCUCUGAAGAAAUGGAUCCAUUAUUUGGAAAUUCCUUAUUCGUACUUAGAGAACAAAAAUGGAAGGAUAUGCGUUCAACUCUUAGUCCUGCCUUUACAGGCUCCAAAAUGCGCCUAAUGUGUGACCUAAUCGUAGAGAUAGGCCAACAGAUGGUGGAGUAUCUUCAAAGAGAAUCUAAAGAAAAAGGACUUCAAACAUAUGAAAUGAAAGAACUCUUAUCUCGCGUAUCUCACGAUGUUAUCGCUACUUGCGCUUUCGGCAUUAAAGUCGAUUCGUUGACUCACAAAGAAAAUGAAGUCUAUCUUGCUGGAAAAAUUCUUUCAGACUUCAGUGGUGUAGGAAAAAUGAUGAAAUUCAUGUUCUACAGAUUUUUCCCAAAGCUCAUGAUUGCUUUUGGAAUUAAAAUUUCACCUCCGAAAGAAUCAGAUUUCUUCAGGACUUUAGUAACAGAUUCAAUGAAAUAUCGUGAGAUAAAUAAUGUACAUCGUCCCGAUAUGAUUCAUCUUCUAAUGGAGGCACAAAAGGGAAAAUUAAGUCAUGGUGAAAGUGAAAAAGAUAGCGCUGGUUUCGCAACAGUUGACGAAUCCAGUGUUGGAUGGAAUAAAUCUGGAAGAAAGUGGACAGAAACUGAAAUAGUCGCCCAGUGUUUUCUUUUUCUACUGGCUGGAUUUGAGUCAGUUUCCUCCAGUCUUAGCUUCGCAACAUAUGAAAUUGGAAUAAAUCCUGAGAUACAAAAGAAGUUGUAUGAUGAAAUUAAGUCAGUUAGUGAUGCGUUAAAAGGAGAACGCAUAAAUUAUGAUACGUUGCAGAAAAUGAAAUAUCUCGAUAUGGUGGUUUCGGAAACUCUGAGAAAAUAUCCACCUGCAGCUAUCAUUGAUAGGGAAUGCAACAAAGACAUAACUCUGAAUUUAUAUAAUAAUUUGAAUUUUGAUUUCAAAAAGAAAUACGCCGUAUGGAUUCCAAUUUAUUCAUUCCACUGGGAUGCCAAACAUUUCCCUAAUCCUGAGAAAUUUGAUCCCGAAAGAUUUAGUGAAGAAAAUAAACAAAUGAUUAAUCCUAGCAUGUACAUCCCAUUUGGUAUUGGGCCAAGGAAUUGCGUAGGAUCUAGAUUUGCUUUGAUGGAACUAAAGAGUGUUCUUUACUACCUGGUGCUUAAUUUCAAAUUAGAGCCCACCGAGAAAACCCAAAUACCUCUGAAAUUUGCAAAAUCGUUUGGUACCCUUCAGUCAGAACGUGGAAUUUAUCUUCAGCUUCGUCCUAGGAAUUCAAUAUAACAAAUAUUUCUAGUGUAAUAAAACUAAGAAAUAAAUAAAGUAAGGUUAAUUGAAAAUUUUAAUUAUUAGUAUCAAACAAAAUUAAGCAAUUAACAAAGGGGCUAUUUAAUCAAAAUAUUUCAUAUCUAAUACUUUAAAAGGAAUAAUUAAAACUUUUCAAAUAUUCAA